AUGAAAGACACAAUCUGCACCAAGGAGACUGUAAAGGAGAACGGGUUGAACCUCUGGGGUAUGCCGCAAGAUGGCCGUCCUCCCGAAGUAGAUAUUGUUGCCGUCCAAGGACUUGGCGCUCAUCCCUUCUAUACUUGGGUCAGAAAGGUUCCGGCUACCGGUGCCUCUACACCUCGAACGCGGAGUCGCAGUUAUCACUUCUGGCGUAAGGACGGAGACAAGAGUGAUGAUGAAGACUUGAAAGUAAUGUGGCUCCGAGAUUUACUUCCAUUACAAGUUCGAAAUGCACGGAUUGCUGCGUACAGCCAUCAACUUGAUUGGAAGGGCGGUGACAUUAAGGCUACCUUGAGAGAAUGCUCUGAUCAGUUUUUGAAUAUCUUGCUUCACAAAAGAGGUCGCGAUGAGGAACGCCGGCGUCCAUUAAUUCUGAUUGGGCAUAGUCUUGGGGGACUUGUUAUUCAGCAGGCACUUGUGAAUGCCGUUCAUGGUACCCUUUACUCUGAUAUACGCUAUUCUGUAACGGGGGUUAUCUUUCUGGGGGCACCGUUCCGUGGCAGCGGGUUGGCCAUGUACGGGGAGUGGCUUGCGAAAGCUUCGCGGCGGAAUGCUAGAUUACUAGCCACCCUAAGGAAGGAUGAGCCAUACCUACAUGGUAUGUCUUGCGACUUCUGGGCUAGUUAUGGGGACAGAGAUAUCGUCUGCUUUUAUGAGAAGAAGAACAAUGCGAAUUUCGUGCUUUUCAAACAACGUGUUGUGGGUUCUCAGUCAGCCUGCAUUAACGGCAAGAGAGGGAUCUAUAUGAAUACGGACCAUUCCGGACUGAACAAGUUCAGCGGGGAUCACGACGAGAAUUAUAAGCUCCUGCUGCCCGAAAUCCAGAGAAUGGUUAAUAAUGCACCGUCUGUACUGGCCAGUUUACAGAGAUCGCUUCUCGAACGGAUUCCUCCCGAUAUCAAAAGAGAUGCAUGCCAACGGACUGCCAUAUCUGGUGUGGGCGGCAUGGGAAAGACUCAAAUCGCUCUUGAGGCGGCCUUUCGGGUUCGCGACUCAUGUCCUGAUUGCUCUAUCUAUUGGGUACCCGCGGUGGACGUGGGUAGUUUCGAAAACGCUUACCGCGAAAUUGGCCGGAAGCUUGAAAUCGAGGGCAUCAACAACGUUGAAUCCGACAUCAAGACGCUAGUCAAAGAAGCACUGAACGGUGAAAGCGCUGGUAGGUGGUUGAUGAUAGUCGACAAUAUCGAUGAUAUCGAGCUUUUCGACGGCGGCGCGGGCCUAUCCCAAUAUCUUCCAACGAACUGCCAUGGCUCUGUUCUGUUUACAACACGCGAUUCGAAAGUCGCCGAAAAACUCUGUGCUACUUGUACACCCAUCGAGGAAUUAAAUAGAGUUGAAUCAACUGUGCUCCUCCAGGCAAGUCUGGAUGCGAUACGGCCAGACUGGUACCAGACAAAAUGUCAAGAUCCAGAAGCUGUGCGCAGGCUACUCGAUUCUCUAGGAGAUCUCCCUCUAGCUGUCAAGCAAUCAUCAGCAUUCAUAGCGACAGCACGAAUUUCGAUCCAUGAAUACCUCACAUUAUAUCGAUAUUGUGAAACAGAUCUAAGUGGAAGAGAGCUGAAUGAGGAAUGCGCCGAUCUCUGUCGCUAUCAAGAUGGCCCAGCUUUUUCCAGUCACGAAGUGAUUCCAGAUCCGGUCAUUCAGACCUUCCUCGUCUCCUUCAAGAGAAUCGCCGAGAGUGACGCGCUAGCGGCAGAUUACUUGAUAUUCAUAGAAGCGAAAGCCAUCGGUACCUUGAAGGGAUAUGGGUUUCUCAAAGAGCAGGAAAAUGGAGAUUCAUACGAUAUCCACCGACUAGUUCGUCUAUCAAUGAGGUAUUGGUUGGCACGUACAGGAGAUCUCGCUGGAUGGGCGACCAAGGUAAUUCAUCGGGUCGAGGAUGUCUUUGAUUUUACAUACCAUCGUAGCGAGGGCGACAAUGAGUGGGUAAGAUAUAUGCCACAUGCGCAAAGCAUACUGGUUUCCGCCCGCUGGUCCACCGACGUCGAUACGAGGGCGAAGCUGAUCCUCAAGGUCGCUAACAAUCUUGACUCUCAUCUUGGAAGGCAUGAAGGGGCAGUGGAGGGGUUGACGGAAGCACUGAGACUUGAAAUACAAGACGAUUCAAUCUUGAUGGGGAUCAAGAGCGAUCUCGGCAACAUGCUCUGUAUUUUGGGACGGCACGAAAAAGGACAAGCUCUAUUGGACGAGGCAAUGACGCGAUACCUGGCGAUGGAUACUAUUAGCAUGGAUGCGGUGCGUUGCGCACGCCGUCUUUCGUGGGCGUCAGGCGCGCAGGGCAAACUUGUCGAGGCGGAGAGACGAACCCGGAAGGCGCUCGAGUUGACAAAGAAAAUGGUCGACAACGAGCGCCCAGACGUCGGCUGUGUCGGUGACCUGGCUCCAUCGGACGUGUUUGCUGUUGAAGCACAGAGCCUGUAUCAGCGAGCACGGCUGGCCGAGCACAAUGAUGUAGCAGAGCAAGUCCUCUGGAUUAUGCGUGACUAUGCGGAAAAUGCCGGAGCGCGGGAAGACGACGAAGAGGCAGAGCGCACACUGCGGAGAGCGCUGGAGCUGGCUGAGUCUGCACCAGACAGCGACCAUCACAUAGUGCUCGAUGUGAGAAAGUCGCUCGGGUGGUUGCGUGCUCAUCAACCGGUAGAGUCGAAGUGCAUCGAGGGUGUCAACAUGCUUCGCCAGUUGUUGAUGGAGUCUCAAACAAGGCUCGGCGGAUUCCACCCGAAGACACUUGAAAUGAUGCGCUGUCUCGGCGCGGCGCUCGGCAGCCUCGGCAGGUUCGACCAGGCCGGCUGGAGCUUGGAGGAGGCAGUCACGACCCUUCGCCAGGCACUGGCGCUGACUCGGAAGGUACGAGGCGAGAAACACCCGGACACACUGCAGACCGUGCACAGCCUCGGAAUGGCACUGUGUGCGCAACCAAACCUCGACGAAGCAGCCAGCAUCUUUUAUCGAACAACCGAUCUGCGCAAGAAGGUGCUGGCCGCAGAACACCCCGGCACCCUGACUACCAUAACGAGCUCGGCAUUGCCCUCCACCAACAGGGCAGAUUGGAUGAGGCCGUCGCUAUGCUCCGUCGCACACUCGACCUGAAGAAGAAAGUGUUGGGAGAGGGGCACUCAGACACGCUGAUCACCAUGCAAAUGCUCGCCGUUGCCCUCUAUGACCAAUAUGAAUUGGGCGAGGCAAUUGCCGUGUUUCGCGAAACACUUAGACUAGAGGAAAAGGUGCUGGGCGACACACAUCCCUCCACCAUGGACACAAGGGGGUGGAUCGAGGGCAUCAACCAGGAAAUUUCCUAUAGGGAGAAUCCAAUGCCCUUUUGAUAAACAAGACCCGACGCGAGCGCCGUGAAAGUCUAACGCAGACUUGAGGUUGUUGUGGUUUACGUAGCACUGGUGGCAGAACGGCAAACCGUCGCAACGGAAAGCCGCGAUCGUGUGAGCCGUGCCGAAAGAUAAAGACUCGGUGUGAUCAUCGAGUCCCCACAUGCGGAAGAUGUCAGGCCAGGGGCAUCGCGCACGAGUGCUACUACCAUCCUGCACCACUAACCCGCAAUUCUCGGGGUGUUGAUAGUGUUCACGCUCGAAGCAGGAAAGGUGGAGGUGCCCAGUCGUCCGGAGCUGUUAACUGCGUUCUUCCAUCUAAACCUCUCUCCCUCACAUCAACUCCUACGUGGGGAGGCUUUGUUGAACUUCCUCGAUACUUG